CAAAGAAGUGUCAAAGUCACUUUUCAAAGCGCUUUUCUUCUCAUUUCUGUUUACAAACGCACCGGAAUCGUCGACAAGCAGCGCAGCAAUGGCCAAGCAUCAUCCCGAUUUAAUUUUCUGCCGGAAGCAACCUGGCGUCGCCAUUGGUCGCCUGUGCGAAAAGUGCGACGGAAAGUGUGUAAUCUGCGAUUCGUACGUGCGUCCCUGUACGCUGGUCCGAAUCUGCGACGAGUGCAACUACGGUUCGUACCAGGGUCGAUGCGUCAUCUGCGGUGGCCCCGGAGUAUCGGACGCGUACUACUGCAAGGAAUGCACCAUUCAGGAGAAGGAUAGAGAUGGAUGUCCAAAGAUCGUCAACCUGGGUAGCUCGAAAACGGAUCUGUUCUACGAGAGGAAAAAGUAUGGCUUCAAGCAGCGAUAAACCAACGACAUCUUACUUACUUUUAAGACUAGCUUUGUGUUCGCUAUAACAACAAUACCUUAACUUUCUCACUGUACCACGAGACUAUCAAAAAUAUAAAAUUCUGCAAACUAAA